UAUACUAUUUCCAAUUUUCAAUCUCCUAAUAAAAUACUCUCUUCUUCUCCUUUAAAACUUCCUUCGCCUUGGGACCUAUAUAAACAAGUCCCAACGCCUCCUUUGUUCAUGCAGUUCAAACAAAUACAUCCUCGAAAACUGGAGCUCCAAACAGGAAACCCAUUCCACCUCUCCCUCUUCUGUUUCUGUAUAUAGAUUUUUUUCUUUUUGGUUCUGUUCUUCUGUAAAUCAAUGGCGUUGAGAAAAACCCUAGUUCACCGUCUUUUCAAUGUAACCAAAAUCUCCUCCCCAAAUCUAAUAUUAACACACUCCCCUGUCUCUUCUCAGUCGUUUGAAAACAUUGUCCCCACAAAUCCCGCCACCCCAACCUUCCGACGCGACUUCCUCACCUCAACGGAUUCCGGCGAGARUGGCUUCUUCCGGAGAUUCCUUCAUAAGAGACCGCUAGUUCAACCAGCAAUGUCGUCAGAGCUUCGUUCUCUGCCAAUCGGAGAUAAGUUAAUGGAGAAGCUGAGAGGAAUGGGCGUAAACAAAGACCGUCUUCGAUUAGACGGUUUGAUUCCUCCAGUGACGCAGACGGAUUCUAGGGAUGGGAUUUCGGUCGAAGACGCGCGUAAAUUGCUUAGGCUAUCGCAGUUGGAAAUGUUAAAGUCGAAACUGAGACAGAUCCCAAAGAGUUCUAUUCCAUAUUCGGAAUUUGUUCAGAUCUGUAUGGAAGGUUGCUCUAAUUCCGAUCAAGGUGUGGAGUUUGCGAAGAUGUUGGAUCAAUCUGGAACCGUUAUUGUUCUAGGUGACUGCGUCUUCCUCCGGCCAGAAGAGGUGACAAAAGCGAUCGAGAGCAUAAUUCCUCUGUCGAUGGUUGACCAGAACGACCCAAGAAGAAAAGAGCUCGAACGAAUGGAGAAGGAGAAAAUGGAGAUCGAUGAAAAAGCAGAGGCGCAGGUUCGGAGAGAGCUGUGGGCUGGGCUGGGCUUUCUCAUAGUCCAGACAGCGGGGUUCAUGAGGCUUACUUUCUGGGAGCUAUCUUGGGACGUGAUGGAGCCCAUUUGCUUCUAUGUCACGUCGAUCUAUUGUAUGGCGGGCUAUGCAUUCUUCCUUAGGACAUCAAGAGAUCCUUCCUUCGAAGGAUUCUAUGCGAGCCGUUUCAGUGCGAAGCAGAAGCGGCUAAUGGAGAGAAAGAAUUUCGAUAUGGAAAGAUUUAAGCAGCUCAGGAGACUGUGUUAUCCUUCCUCAUCCUUCUCUUCAGAGCCGGUUUCAUCGUUUGACAAUUCUGGAAGAACGUUAUUGGGUGUCUUCCAUCAUUCAUCAUAAUAAUAUCUUUUGAAAGAAAGAAGAGAUGCUAUAAAAGAAAAGAAAUUUUGUUUACUUUUUUUUAAUAGACUUAGCAAAAUUUGGGUUAUUAGCCCAUCGCUCAUCCA